CAGAAGCAACAGGAAGAGACAACCCCAAAAAAGAGUGCAGCAGACUGGAAGGGAAAACAGUGGAGGCCGAAAUCUUAAUCUGUUGAUUGGCCUCAGCACAUCGGACCCACCGCUGGAGCUGUAACCCUCCGCCCGGACCCGACCUGCUGACCCGCUCUGGAGGAAUUAUACGUGGCACAACAGUGAGCAUGUCCUCCUCAUAAAGCUAAAGUAAAGCCUACCUGCCGCAGAAAAGACCGCGCCGAGUCAGUUGAUCUUGGCGAUGGCUCACGGCACCAGUCUCCAGUAUGAACCCGUGGCAGAGAUCGGAGGCGGGGCUUACGGGACGGUCUACAAGGCCCGAGAUACAGAGAGCGGGCAGUUUGUGGCUCUGAAGAGCGUGCGGGUACAGACAGACCAAAAUGGCCUCCCGAUCUCCACCGUCAGAGAGGUGGCUCUGCUGAAAAGGCUGGAGCAGUUUGACCACCCAAAUGUAGUCAGGCUGAUGGAUGUGUGUGCCACCCAGAGGUCGGACCAGGAGACUAAAGUCACUCUGGUGUUUGAACAUGUGGACCAAGACCUCAAGACGUACCUGGAGAGAGCCCCAGAUGCAGGGUUAGCCCCCGGGCGCAUUCAAGACCUGAUGAGGCAGUUGAUGUGCGGUCUUGCAUUCCUUCACUCUAACCGUGUGAUGCACAGAGACCUGAAGCCAGAGAAUAUUCUGGUAACCAGCCAGGGCCAGGUGAAGCUGGCUGACUUCGGACUGGCCAGGAUCUACAGCUGCCACAUGGCCCUCACUCCUGUGGUGGUGACACUGUGGUACCGCCCCCCCGAGGUUCUGCUGCAGUCCAGUUACGCCACACCUGUGGACAUCUGGAGCACCGGCUGCAUCUUUGCUGAGAUGUUCAGACGCAAACCUUUGUUCUGUGGAGAAUCAGAAGUGGACCAACUUGGAAAAAUUCUUCAAGUUAUUGGCUUGCCAUCAGAGGACGAGUGGCCGGCUGAUGUUUCACUCUCAAGGAAACACUUCCCCUCACUCUUACCACGCCCGAUCACUGACUUUGUUCCAGAGAUAAAUGAGCUGGGGGCGCAACUAUUGUUGAAAAUGCUGACCUUUGACCCCUUGAAGCGAAUAUCCGCGCUGAAUGCCCUAGAAGAUGCAUAUUUCCAGGACGAGGAGACAUUGACUUGAAAUGAUGCAGUGAACCGCGCAGAGAGAGGUAACAGUGUCUAAGCUUAGACCUGGCCCAACCAUAAAGGAGUUUUAAAUAUUCCUUGCAUUGCCUUUCAAGACGUCUGGGUUAUGCUUUGGGAUAUAUUUUUUAUUUACUGCUACAUCAAAACAGGAUUAAAGCCUGAGAAGUGGAAUAAAAAAAGAAGAGGAGGGAACUUAAGGAUCACUGGCAUGCUUUCCAACGUCACAAUUAAUGAUGUUAACAUGGCGUGUCUUCAAGGACAAAACCAGUGUUUUUGAUGUUUGAUUUGUGUAUCAGUCUUGUCCGCAGGGACUGGCGCAAAGACACGUCUGUCAUCUCCUCUGAAAUGUUGCUCUUGUAACUUUUGUGCAGUGCUUAGACAGAAGGAAGCAGAGAUGUCAUCUUUUCUCAUUAAAAGCUGAACAAUGUCUGACAAGAGUGACACCUCAGGGUCAGAGCAGCCAGUCUUUAGUGAUCUGUGUUUGUCUUAGUAUUUGUCCUACUCAAGGUAGAGUAAAACCAUCCGUCUUCUGAAAAUCAUGGGGAAAUGAAAGAAUAGUCGCAGAAGAAAAACGCACAAGAAAGACAAAAAUACUGGUAUUGCCCUUAAACAUUUUUUUUUCUUUUAUUGAUCAAAGGACUGAAGGGUUGGACUUCAUUUCAUGUUACAUUUUAUGUCAGUUUGUCAAUCCCAUCUGAAAUCCACUAGCACUGCAACCACAUACAAAUAAUAAAAUAUUUUAAUCACAUUCAAACUUCAUUUGUGUAUUUUUAUUAUACACAUGAUGGUGUUUUCUUUUAGAAUUAAUGUGAUUUUAUGAGCACUGAAAUACUUUGUGUGGAAAAAACACUAACCUUAAAUACUAACAAAAUAAUAAAGUCUGCCUCACUUUA